GGUGGAGGCUGGUCCGGUCCUCCUGCACUGACGGAGCUCCUAGCUGCAGCCCGGAUCAGCUUCCUGCCCUCUGCCGCUGACAAACAGCUCAUUCUCAUCUACCCUGAUCAUGUGCCUCGCUCUUUGGCUGUCUCAGGCUCCGCAGCAGGAAGUUAGCCUUGUUUUCUUCCCCUUGCCUUUUUUUCCAUCCUCAACUUGACAGCAGCGUUCGCACUAGUAUUUCCUCUUUUUCUAUCUUUCGUUUUAUAACCUCCACUCCGCGGGACGCUCUGUGACGACAGACACCCGACGGCUAACCCCGACAUAGAGUCCCCCUCCACGCCGCUCCCUCCUCCCCAGGCCAGGGAGAGCAGGUUCAUGGAGGCCCAGGCGGAGGAGAAGGAGCUGCAGUCACCGAUGGACAAGUCGCAGCCUCUGCCUACCUUGAGCCCGGCAGUCCCCCCCUUCGUCACUUUGGGCCUGACGGUGGUGUACACCGUCUUCUACUCCCUUCUCUUCAUCUUCAUCUACGUGCAGCUCUGGCUGGUCCUGCGGUACCGACACAAGCGCUUCAGCUACCAGACCGUGUUCCUGUCGCUGUGCCUGCUGUGGUCGGCCCUGCGAACCGUCCUCUUCUCCUUCUACUUCAAAAACUUUGUCACAGCUAACACUUUGGGGCCCUUUCCCUUCUGGCUGCUGUACUGCUUCCCUGUCUGCCUCCAGUUCUUCACCCUCAGUCUCAUGAACCUUUACUUCGCACAGGUUGUUUUCAAGGCAAAGUCAAAAUAUGCACCAGAGCUUUUGAGAUACAGGCUGCCGCUGUACCUGCUCUUCCUGUUCAUCAGCCUUGUGUUCUUAGUAGUGAAUUUGGUGUGUGCCCUGCUGGUGAGGAUGUCCUCUGCAGAAGCCCACACCCUCGUGCUUGUGAGGGUCGCCAUCAAUGACACACUGUUUGUCCUGUGUGCCGUGUCGCUCUCCUUGUGUCUUUACAAGCUCGCUAAGAUGUCCCUGGCCAACAUAUACUUGGAGUCAAAAGGGACGUCGGUGUGCCAGGUGACGGUCAUAGGAGCCAUCGUCAUCCUCCUGUACUCGUCCAGGGCCUGCUACAAUCUGGUCGUCCUGGGACUCUCAAGCAAGAGCAUUAGCUCUUUUGACUACGACUGGUACAACGUUUCAGACCAGGCAGACUUACAGUCGACUCUGGGCGACACUGGCUACAUCGUCUUUGGGGUGAUCUUGUUUGUAUGGGAGCUGCUGCCCACUACUCUCUUGGUUUUCUUCUUCAGAGUUCGGCAGCCUGACCUAGACAGGAGUGGCUCUGGGCUUCCCGGUCAUGGCUUCUCCUCCAGGGCUUACUUCUUCGACAACCCCCGGCGUUAUGACAGCGACGAGGACCUGGCGUGGAGCGUAAUGCCUCAGAACAUCCAAGCAAGUUUGGCUGCUGACAGUUACGAGUGGGGGAGCCAGAGCAGCAGCGGCAUUGGCGCCUACAUCGGAGGAGACGACACUUAUCCCCCCCUACCUCCUCCUGAGGAGCUCAGCCAUUACUGACCGGAGAUCCCAGUGACUCCUGCUGGCCUGUGGCUUUGUAUAUUUUUGCACAGUUUCUCUUGUUGAAGAGGCGCAUGGGGCCAAAAGUCGCUGUUUACUCGAUGCAUUCAGUCUUCUAUUUUGUCAAGAGAAGAAGAACGAACAGACUUUUCUGCCAGUAUAUAAAAAGGUCCACUGAUGGGAUGCUAAUUUUGCACACUCUUUGUAUAAUGUGAGCUAAUGUUGACUGCAUUUAAACCUUUUCAUUGUAUAGUUUAUAUUGAAUACUGCUUAAUAUAUUUCCUGACUUUUGUAAUACGUACUUUCUUACUAUUUCAUGUACUGUAUUUUUUUUUCAUACAGAUGUGUUUAUAUAGAGUUUUAAUUCAUAUUAAAGACAGUUAAAAUGCAGCGCAAGAUGCGGUUCAAU